GUAUGAAACAAUGUUUAGUAAUUUGCAUAUUAUUAUACAAAUAGUGUUAUUAAUUGUUUGCACAAUUAGUUUGUGUAAAACUCGUCAAUCAAUUGAUGUUAACGAUGACGAUCGGUAUCACUGCUUAUGUCGUACCGAUAAUCCGGUUAAUAUUGAACUGUCCGUCAAUAAGUCAAUUGACUUAUUGAAGCAACAUAUGUCUCAUCAUAUGAUACCCGGUUUGGCUUUCGGUGUCAGCCGUUAUGGACGACAUAUUGUCAAUGAACCGAUCGGUUGGGCUGAUCUGGAAAACAAUGUUCCCAUCUAUAGAGACUCGGAGUGGCGAUUGGCUAGUAUUAGCAAAUCAAUUACCAGUGCACUCGUAGCCCGACUUAUUGAAGACAAUAGACUUAAUUUGAAUGAUUCGAUUUACAAGUAUCUAAAACCUGGAGUUUUUCCACGCAAACAAUGGAAAGGCCGAGAAGUGGACAUCACUUUAGGACAGUUGAUGUCACACACGGGUGGCACACGAGUCACUAAAAUACUCGACGACAGUGCAAACGUCUAUGAGUAUACAAAUGUCACCGAAUCUAUAGCCCAGUUCAGUCAUGAGCCGCUGAUAUCUGCACCGGGAACACAGUAUAACUAUUCAAACUUUGGCUGGCAAUUGGUGGGCGCUGUCAUAGAGUCGAUUACCGGUGAAAACUUUAACGACACUAUAAAUAAGUUUGUUAGAGAUAUACAUAUGCCGUCAACAUAUGCCGAAACCUAUGAGAUGUUGGUUAGGCAUCGGGUGCACGACUAUAUUAAAAGUGAUUCAGAAUAUUUGUUGCACCCGACGAAAAAUAAAUCGGAGUUACAUAUUAUGAACGCCAUGCUCUACGAUGACUUACUUGCAAUGGAGGCCCAGUGGCCGUGUGGCGCCUUAAUGUCUACUGUCGAUAAUUUAUUGACAUUUAGCGACUUUAUGCUCGAUAGCUAUAACAAUGUCAACCAUACUAAGCCAGAUCUUUUAAAGUCUGAAACAAUUAAACAAUUAUGGAAACCAAUUAUUGAUGCCUAUAGUGAUGACUUUGGUACACAUAAACAAGCUCAUGGUUGGCUAAUAAAUGAUUUGAAAAACCCUAUCCAAUGCACUAAUAAAUGUCAAAUGCCUUCAACAAUAAAGCGGGUUAUUUGGAAAUCUGGUGGCCUUACGGGUCUGACCACUAUUAUUAUGAUAUUUCCCGAACAGCAUAUUUGUGUAACACUAUUGACAAACAAUUCAGAUUUUGAUGAAUUCUAUGAGUCGGCACUUAUUAUUGGCAAACUAUUUAUGAUGUAAUUAAUACAUUAAAUAUAAUUUUAUUAAUCAUUAUU